GAGAUAGAGCAGGUGAUAGCGGGCCGGGUGUUUGUCCUGUUCCUGGUGGUGGUCAGUAUCCUAUGGAUUCCUAUCAUAGAGUCCUCGCAAAACAGUCAACUAUUUAACUACAUUCAAAGUGUCACCUCAUACAUGUCCCCACCUGUCUGUGCCGUCUAUGUGUUGGCCAUAUUCUGGGGUCGAGUCAACGAAAAGGGGGCCUUUUGGGGGCUAAUAAUUGGCCUCAUGAUUGGUAUCAUUAGAUUUGUUAUGGAGUUCUCAUAUACUGUCCCUCCGUGUGGUUCUAAUGUUCCGGAUCCCCGGCCCUUAUAUCGAUUGACUUAUUGGUCGCUAAAAAGCGAGAAAGUGCGCGAAGAUAUCGACGACGACGAAGCCGUACAAGAAAUACACAAAACGGGUGAAACAAACACAGCGUUUGUAGCCGAGGAUGGAUCAGACCUGAGAGCAAAAGGCACUCAAAAUAAUAAAGUUAUUGUGGAAUCGAUUAGUGAUAAUGAGAGCAAAAAUCGAUUCUUGUAUACGAUUUGCUGCAUCGGCUCUGGAAAUACAGAGUCGGACGAAAACAAUAGGACAUAUUCAGUGGACAGGGAGGGGGAUGUCGUGAGACUCAGUAAGGAGGAGGAAGCCGUCCAGUGUGCCAAAGAUGCCACAGAAACGCCUGGUUGGCAAUCAGUGAAUAAUUUAUUUGCAGUCCUAGCCGUAGGAUUAUGCGCUUUUUUCUGGGGUUUAUAUGCCUAACCUAUACUGUACAUGAUUUUUUGCUACACUCGUGUGUUUAACUCACGCCUAAUCUAAUAUAAUCUGUAAUUUAAUACUUUCUUAAGUAAGUUACAAGACAUUUGAUUAUUAUUGUUAUGCAUCCAAUGUAUCAAAUAUUCAUUAAAAAGAGUAUUCUGUAAACGAUAUCAACAGAUGCCGCGAGAAAAGCAUUACAUAAAAAUCAAUACCUGUAUAAAAUAAAGACUUUCAAACUUUUAAUACACAAACUUGUUUACGAUAUAACACUUACCUG